CUUGGCCUUCCUCAGGUCUCUGACUGUGAAAGGGUGUAGGCCAAUGAUUCUGCUAUUAACAUUUAGCAUUUUCUAAAAUGACGCACAGUUCUUUCCCUGGUCCAGCUCUCAUUGGUCUGCUCCCACCCUUUCUGUCUUCUCCAAAUCCUUCCCCUCUCCCCCCAUCCGUCCUGCGUAUAAAAUGCCACACCCUGAGGAUGUGAUGAUCAGGACCAUACUUCCAGCACCCACAUCUCUUUGAACGCUGCACCAUGGGCUCUUCGGUAGCUGUGCUGUGGCUGCUGGCUGCCGUAAUGGGGGAAGGUGAGGAAGCAUAAAUGUGUCUAGAAUUCCAAUCAGCCAAGUAGUGAACAAGCCAGCCUGAAUGCUCGUACUGUCUGCUGUGUAUUCCUCUUUAGAGCAGACUCUUUGUGUGCAUCUAGCCCGCGUCUUAUUUAAUUACCUUCAAUUUGCAUGCCUAUUUCUUUUUACAGGUUCAUUGGCUUUGUUUCUCCUAGAAUGUUUUAUUCUGCUUUGUGGGUUUCUGUGUGUUUGUGUAGGUCGAUAACUUGAUGCAGCUAGUAUUCAGGAAUAAAUAUUUAUAGGAAUAUCUGCAUAUUAUGUUUGUGUUUGCAAGUUUCGGGUGUGCACUUCUGAGUGUGUGUGAAUGAACAGGUUUUGUAUGUGAGAGAGAGAAUGAGCAGGUAUUGUGUGUGUCUGGAAAAUGUCUGGCUGUGACGCACAUCGAAGAGCCCUUAGUAUCUCCAUUCUGACAGUAAGGAGGCUAACACACCAAAGCAAUAGGGUGUACGUUACACAUCUGAUUGGGAAAUAUGGAACAAGUGACAUUGCAUGGUGACGGACUGUGAAAAUACUGAGCACAGCAACUUAAGACAUUAAACUAGUAAUUGCACCAAAAUUUUGAGGAAAAUAGCAUUCAACCGUAACCCCCUCUCCACCUAAUCUCUAGGUUUCUAUUAAAGCACCGGUUUUAAGUCCGUGCUCCGAUUUCCUGAACAACGAAGGAUUUUUUUAUCUUUUUAACAUGUCCGUAGUUGGAUCAAUCUAUUCAUUAGUUUAAAAAAAAAUCACUAAUGACUUCUAUUCUUGAGAACAUACAAAUUAUAUGUUUUUGGAACAUCUUAAGAAGGAAUAAGCAUAGAAGUUAUCUAGACCUGGGUUGCACAAACCUGGACCCCCUGAUUUCUAGACUACACUGCAUAUAUUUCUCCUGCAAAAGGUUUAUAGUAAAAGUGGUCAAAAUGUUGGACAUCAUGGGUGUCCGAAGUAUUCCAGAUGUAGAUUGUAAAAGAGGACACGUCUUACAGACUGCAAGUCAGACAAAAAACCCGUCCCUGAAGAUUGCAGGUAAGACACAGCAUCUAAUGCAGUUCGUGUCCAAAAAAGAAAAUUGGAUGACAUCAUACCCAUUAGUAAAAUAUCCGUUGGCAAAAUGAGACCCACACUUUGCAGCAGAUAGGAAAACAGCCUCUUGUGAAUCAUGUCGGCUAAUUGACUUCCUGAACCAAAUCCAAUUAUCAACAGUUAAUCUAGAGUUUUCAGAUUGUGAUUUAUUUUUUAUUAUUUCUUCAAUAACCAUAUUUUUCUGUGGUCUCAUUGAACUCACAGUCAACCGAGGUAGACGCAAACCCCACACAAAGUUCAAUAAAAAUGUAAAUGUGCAUUUAGCAAGAUGUAAGAUAAAGACAGAUUCUCAGUACAGGCCACCUCUACAUGUGUAGCUUGCACAGACUAAUUCUCAUGAUUUUUCACCAGCCAAAAGUCUUGGCCAACCUCCAAGAGGCCUGUUGUGCUCCAUGAUUACACUGAGGAGUUGGCUGAAGUCAUGAGAGUGGCAAUCCACAGCAGGUCUGUCACAGUUUCAUGGUUAGCUAUGAAAUAAAUAUCAAGGAAUCCAUGUUUAAAAUGGAAUAAGGAGGACAAAAAAUGUGAUUCUUUGCUGAACUAAUUUGCAUAUGCCCACCCAGAAUCCUUUGCACAGUAGUAACAUCACUGCAAAUCUGAGAUUUCUGUGGGAAAAGCAAGUAUUAUGGCUUGACUGGUGUGCACAUCUGUGUUUAACAAUGUAUUGAUUACUCACUGACUUCAGGUGGAAGAGGUUUUCAAUCCCAUUUUUUCCCCACCAUAACUUUCUUGGGUUUUGUUUCGCAAAAUAAUACCAAAGUAUUCUUAAGGUUGCAAAUGUGCCUUUUUUUUUUUUUUUUUCUUACAACUACCAACAGCUAACCUGGACUCACUUUGGUGGCUGUAACAAACACACAUUUGCAACUUACAGACGACCUCAAUAAUAAUUUUAAAGCUCUCUGAGAGUGAUUGGGGUGGUGAUACCUGUUGUCUCUGCACAUCUUUUGAAAUAAUUUUGCAGGAUAGUGAUAGAUCAAUAUGAUUCAAAAGGAACGCCUAUAGCAUGCACACCACGCACCAUAACCACUACAGUGCGCUUCCAGGGUGAGUAUUAUUUGAAAAUGGUUUGGUUUGACAACUGACCUUGGGUUCGCUGGACGGUGCCUCGGUGCCAGUAACUCCUGCCAAAAUCUUCCAUUAAUUCCAUUAAGCUAAGCCUUGCUGUGUAGGGCUAGAUUUUUGGCUGAGUAUCAGCCAAUGAGCACCUCCCUGUACUGCGGGGCUUAGCUCAGAAGAGGAGCUUCCAGGUAGAGAGAAGGCAUUGGCGGGUACCCACAGGAAAGUUGUCAAACUGUUCUUAAAAAGUAUGACUACAUACCCUAGGAAGGCACAAAGGCUCUUCUGGUUCCAUAACCACUACAUCGGGAUCAAGAGACUAUGGUGCUUGUUCAUUUAAUAUACAUCGUAGGACAUGCUAAUGAUGUUUCCUUUUUAAUCACAUUGAUCUAUGACUAUCUAGUGAACAAUUUUCAAAAGAUGUGCAGAGAAGUAACGAUUACCAACUUUGAGGGAUCACCACUCCAAUCACUCUCACACAACUGCAGUGGUUAUGGUGCUUGGAGUUUUCCUUUUAUUCAGCGGUUUAUUCUCUAAUAUGAGAAUAUGCUGUACUGACACUGGCCUGCAAAGUGUGGGCCAGAUUAGUUGAAAUAGAAAUAAAAUAUGUCCCACUGUGCAAUUCUCCGACCCACAGGACACAAUUCCUUUGUCAAUUCUCUACAAAUAUUGGUUUAGAAGUGAAUGAACGCCUUACUGAAGCAAAUGUAAUUAUUUAUUUUAGUUUUUUUAUUAAAUCUGUUUUAGACAGGGCAGAUACCUGGAAAUAAAACAGAUGGGUUUUUAUUUGCAAAAAAAGUCAGUUGUGAGGAAUUGAACACCAUUUUCGCAAAAUUUAGAUUAAAGGACCACUCUAGGCACCCAGACCACUUCAGCUUAAUGAAGUGGUCUGGGUGCCAGGUCCAACUAGGGUUAACCCAUUUUUUCAUAAACAUAGCAGUUUCAGAGAAACUGCUAUGUUUAUGAAUGGGUUAAGCCUUCCCCCAAUUCCUCUAGUGGCUGUCUCAUGGAGAGCCGCUAGAGGCGCUUGCGUGCUUCUCACUUCGAUUUUCACACUGAGAGCACGGAAGCGUCCAUAUGAAAGCAUUGAUAAUGCUUUCCUAUGCAACCGGCCGAAUGCGCGCGCAGCUCUUGUCGCGCGUGCACAUUCAGCCGACGGGGAGGAGAGAAGGAGGAUCGGAGGAGGAGAGCUCCCCGCCCAGCGCUGGUAAAAGGUAAGUUUUAACCCCAUUCCCCCUUCCAGAGCCGGGCGGGAGGGGGUCCCUGAGGGUGGGGGCACCCUCAGGGCACUAUAGUGCCAUGAAAACGAGUAUGUUUUCCUAGCACUAUAGUGGUCCUUUAAAAAAAAAAAGAAUCUGCUAGAUUUCAGAGCCGGGUAUUAUUGCCUCCCUUUAUAAAUUCAGUUUUCAGUUCACCACAGCUCCUUGUUUUGUGUACAGAGUGCUUAGGGGUUUAUUCACUAAACAAAGAGUUAGAAAAAUGUAGGUAGUACCAGUUAAUUUGGAAAAACGAUUUAUUUCUGCUAUAGACUGAGCCUGACUAUUUUUACAGUUUGAAUUACAAUUUACCACAUUUCUGUCUUGGCAAAUAAACACAAAAUAGUUAUUUACAAUAAAUUCCUUGCACAGACACGUAUACAAUAUUUAUAUAUUGGCUCUAACAUAAGUUAUUAUUUAUUUAUAAAACGACAUCGCAUUGCGUAGCGCUGUCCAUGGUUACAAUUGGUACAUGUAAAAAGACACAGUACAGUAUAACUAAUAGACAAUACAACAUUGACAAAUAAAUACAUGUCAAUGUGACUGCAUCCGGUGUCCGACACCGGGGCCUCCAUAGUGUGCGUACCCAGGAUGCACCAGGGGGCCCAUAAGUGGAGGCGGGGGGAAUUUUGUUGAGGACAGCAGCAAGUUACCAGAACAACUACAGCUUAAUUAAGUUGUUUUGGUGUCUAUGGCCUGUUCCUGCAGGCAUUCUAAUGUUUUAGUGUUUACAUUUCAGCCUAGGGACACCUCCAGGGGCAGUCACUCAGACGGACCGUUCAGCUUCUCAACGCUCUGCAUGGAGACACUGAACAUUCCCCAUAGAGAUGUAUUGAUUCAAUGUAUCUUAAUGAGGAGAUGCUGGUCCUAUAUCCUUAACACUAUAGGGUCAGGGAUACACGUUUGUGUUCCUGACUCUAUAGUGUUCCUUUAAAUUUUCUAAUACUUUUAUAUUUUUGUUAUAUUGAUUGUUUUUUCUAUGUGAUUAUUUUUCUGAUGUUUUAACAUUUUGAAAAAUAAAUCAUUUAAAAUGCUUAUCCAACAGUAUUAAAUUGAGACCUUUUGAGACUGUUUUUUUUCGUUUUCUUUUUUUUCUAUUUUGUUAAAAUUAAUUGAAACAUGAUGUACAUGUCUUUAGAUAUCUCCUCCACACCCACUCCCUGCUCAGAUUUAGCACUCUGUGACCAACGCGCCUCAUGAACCUAAAUCCACACAGGCUUCACAUCUUCGCAGGCCCAAUCUGUGGUCUCUGGAUUUAAAAAAAUGAUUCUAAAUAGAUAUUAACACAUUUUGGUUAUAACCAGAUUCAUACGAAGGAGCCUGGGCUGUGCUUUGCUCAUAAAGUAAACAUGAAUUAGGCUAUAAGUAGACAAUAGAAGCAGUUCAUUAUCAUACUUUAUUAGGCAGGGGUUUUGCCCCUAAGUGAAGAAGAUGGGCGUGGUUCUAUUUUCUGACAAAACUUCACUGCAGAAGCUGCAAGACCUAGGGAUUUCCUGCAAACGAGAUCUUGAAUGACGAGUAACAUUUUUAUUUAUUUAUUAUUUUUAUUUGACACAUUUCACAGUUUUGAUGCAUUAAAUAAGUGAGGUUAGAUCCAGAAUCGACCAACAAAUUAUUAUUAUUUUAUUUAUUUUUUUCGGACUAAUCGAUUCGACCGAACAAAACCAUUUCAAUCACAGUGCAAUAUAUUAAGUUUCAUUCUUGUUAUUACUUGAAUGAAGUGUCUUCCAGUUUUAAAUUACAUAUCUGUUAAAUCUGCGCUUGCCAGAGGGUUAUGGGAUACGAUUAGCUCUCUCACUGAAGACAGUGAUAACCUAAAACCUAUAAAAUCAUCGCAAUCUGGUUUCAUAUCCAACUUACUAACCCUAAACAGCUCUAGAGACUUGUGGCCAUGCUAACUCGACUGGAUAUUUACGUCAUGUUGACUAUCAUUGGUCUUUUAUGUUCUAAUGCACAAAAUGAGGAAGCCAUUAAUCAAUCAAUAAUUAUCAUUUAUUUACAAAAUACAUUAAAUUGGCUAAAGUAUAAUUAAAUAUAAUUUUACCAUCACAUCUUAAUGCAGCAGAGGUUUGAGUUAUUUAUAAAUAAAAGCAAAAUGAGAAUUUCUAAUUUUAACCCCUUGCUGUCUGUGGAAAUGUAUUCCUAGCAGAGUAUGAUGUGAAGGCCACCUGUUUUCUGAGGUGUUACCAAAAUGGUUAAAGCAGAGAAAAGGGAUGAAAAUCCAUCCAAAAACAAAAAUAAAUUUCACAGGCUUAAAGGGACACUUUAAGCACCAAAAUCAUUUCAACUUGAAGUGCUUUUGUUGCAGAGAUCCUGACUCCUUUUUAGGACAAUGUAGGACAUUUGGCUGAUAACCUAGCUCGCGGGCUAGCAGCAUGUAGAGACAAUGCUUUCUUCAAGACCUCCAAUUUUCGAAGGUUCCCACAAGGAGCAUCUACAUUUUAAAUUCAAAGUGACAUCUUUUUGCCAAUCUACUAGAUGUACACAGACUAGUCAUGCCAAAACCUUUAAAAGUAUUAGAAGACAUAGAAUGAAUUAAUUGAGGACAGUGUUCAUUAAACAGAGGUCCCAAGUUUGAACCAUCUCCGAAACUGGAACGCUGGGAAAUAUAUUUCAAAGCUGUAUUAUUAAUGUUGCAUGAAGAUUACAUUUGAAAAAUCUGCCCCGGCAACAUCAGCGUGUCCAUUUACUUUAAUGAACACAGGAAUUACAGAUAAUUUAUUUAAAAGUGAUUUUCACCCAGCACCACUCCAUGAAUGAUAUUUUCUGAACUUAGUUUAAGAGCUCACUCACUGGGUUUUAGCGCCACCUAGCACUUUCGAUGUAAUAGUGCAAUUCGCAGAGUCUAGGCAAAAUAGCCCUCGAUUUUAUAGUUCUUGAUAUACUUUUCAAAUGAUUUAAUAUUUCUGGAUACAUUUUUUAAAAUGAUUGUUUCAAAAUAUUUAACAUUCAAAAAAUAUAUCAUAUAUGAAAAUUAUAUCAAUAUAUCGAAAAAAUAAAAAAUAUUAAAUCAUUUGUAAAUCGUAUCUGAAAAAAAUCAAUUUGAGGCCAUAAAAUCACAGGGCUCCUCAAUAGGUACAAUCCUCCUUAAUAUUUAGGACCUACACCCACCGCCAAUGGGUGGAGGCUAAGGGUUCCACCCCCCUUAUUAUUUAGGACUCUCUCCCACUGCCAAUGGGUGGAGGCUGCAGGAGGCAAUAAGUCCAUCCCCCUUGUUAUUUAGGCUCCCUCAUAGCUGCUUCCCUGCAGUGUUUUUAUUGGACAGCUUGGACCAGUGGUACUUUUCUAUUGGCCUACCGUCCUUCAAAAAGCACAGUGAGGCAAUGACGAGCUCAGCCUCCACUCUGUGCAACCUGAUCCAUUUUCUGAGAGCCCGCUAUUCUGACUGCAUAAGCUGGGUGCAGCGUGUGCCUCUUACUAUCUAAACAGGCUCCAUCUUUGUCUAUUACGAGGAGGCUGAGCUUGUCGGUGGAUUCGGUGCUACGAUAUAGGGAUGAUUAUUUUUCCUUUAUUGACAGGUGAGGUUCUGCCUCUCCUGAAUGCACAUCAUUGGUGUAGAGUGGAAUUGUCCACUGAGUCAAAAGAUUGUGGAGAGAAAAUGCAAUUGUGAAGUAACAGAAUUGUAUCCACAAUUGUGCCGAUAUAUUGUAUUUAUUACACUCAGUAUACUGUUCUUUGUGGUGUGUAAGGGGGUGCAUGUUGGCAAAGCAUGUGCACUGUGACAGGAGUGACUGUGUGCAUUGUGUGUGUUGACGCUGUCAUUAUGAUGUGGUUGUGUGUGCCUUUGUGGGGUGGUUCUCCCUGUGUGUGUCAUGGCAAUUUGUUAUGUGUAUGGUAUGUGUAUAGGCAGGUUAUGCGUGUGUGGGAAGGCUGGUGUGUUGUGUGUGGGCUGAAGAAGAUUCUGAAAUUUCUUGGGCUCUGCAGCAAAUGCUAGCAUGCUGAAUGUGUCAUUUUAUGUUGUGUUGUUAUUCCUAAAGGGACACUCCAUGCUGCUUGCAUAGGUUCUGAGUGGGUUCAUGUCUCAGAUUCAGAGACAGAUUCCAUGCGUCCCCAUUUUCUAAUUCUUACAUUUAUGAAAAUUAUGAUAGUAGCCAGUUUUGAUCUGAACACAGCUGCUAUUUCUAACCGUUUAGUCCUCAGUUUCAUAAAUUUCUUUGCAUAAAUUAAACUGUAUUCAGAACUGAAUGAAAUAUUCCUUAAACCUCUUUGUGACAGCUAGGCUUAUGUAGGUCUGGUGCUACUAGGUGAACUAGACCGCCCCCUAGGGCGCACCGGCUGGGGGGGUUCAGUCUUCAGUCUCUGCAUGUAGCAUGGCAGAGGAUCUUCUAUACCGUCUACGUGGUGCUCCCAGUGAGCAUUUCCUAUCAGACCGAGCAGAGGAUACAGAAGAUCCUCCACCGCAGUUCACUUGCCCAAGCUAUAUGGAGAUAGGUUACCACUGCAGAAGGGGAAAGACACCACAAAGGGGAGGGGACAAAAAGAAACACAGAGAGUUGGGUGGUCAAAUAGACAGAUAGGGGCUGGGGGGACAAAUACAUACACAAAGGGCUGAGGGAGACAAAGAGGCAAUCAGAUGGCUGGGGGAUACAAAGGGACAUGGAGAGGGCUUGGGGAUACAAAGGGACAUACAGAUGGUUCAGGAGGGACAAAUAGACACUCAGAGGGAUGGGGAUACAAAGGGACACGCAGUGGGCUGAGAGGGUAAAGACACGCAGAGAUGCUGGGGGGAACAAAGAGACACUCAGAGGGCUAGGGGGGGACAAAGACACUCAGAGGGAUGGGGAUGCAAAAGGCACUCAGAGGGAUGGGGCAUAGAAAGGGACACACAUAGGGCUCAGGGGGGACAAAGAGACAUAGAGAGGGGCUAGGGGGACCAGGGGGGGCUAGGGGGACAAAGAGGCAUAUGUAAGGGUAGAAGGUCACACGAGGCCUUCAGAUGGGCUGGGGGAAGGACAAAGAGACAUACAGAGGGGCUGGUGGGACAAAGAGGCACACAGAGGGGCUGGUGGGACAAAGAGACACACAGAGGGGCUGGUGGGACAAAGAGACACACAGAGGGGCUGGGGGGACAGAUGGCUGGGGGGGACAAAGAGACACAUAGAGGGUCUGUGGGGACAAAAAGAUACACAAAGUUGGCAACGUGUUAGGUAUUUUUUGGGGGGUGGGCGGGGGAAAUAGGUCUUGCCUAGGGCACACAAUAGUCUAGCACCAGGCCUAGGUUUAAUGGAUAUUAUAAGCCCUCCAAUUGAAGAUCAUGGAGGUGCCAGGAUUUGCUGAAAGCUUUGGCCUACUUUAUGGAUGCAGCUGAAUUUGUCAACUGCAGAUAAUGUGAAUUUGCAACAAAAACAGCAGAACAGAACCCCAAAAUUUAGAUUGUCCCAAUAAUAAAUUGGGACAAAUGGGAGGCCUACUAAAAAGACUAUUCCAAGAUACUUCCAGGACAUCAUGUUAAAAAAAACAAAAAAAAACAAUGGUACAGAUUUGCUAAAUGUUGUUGAACUGCCCCAGUUUUCACAGUCGUGUCCUGGAAACCUCUAAUCAAUGUCCCAGUUUUAAUUUUGUGUUUCUCCCACUGGAUUGGUAUUUCCCAGUUAUGACACAGAUAACAAUCAAAGAGCAAGAACACGCAUAAUUGUCGAAGCAUCCAGAACACCACCAGCCAAUUGAAACUCUUCGUUCUUGCAUAUUUUUUAUGCAUACUAAUGUUUUCAUCCAAGAUUCUCAGAUGUUUUAGCAGACAAAAAUAAAAAGUGAUGUGGUCUCUGCAUUUCUAUAGAAAAAAGAAAAGAAGCGGAGGAUACACAAUAUAUAUGAACAAUGGAAUACUAGGAGAGGCAUAACUUUUAAUUAUUAAUCCCUAAAAAGUCUCAUAAGACGAAAAGCCCCACUGCAACACACAAAUAUUAGUACUAUGAACACAAAAACAAAACAUACAAUUAAAACUGACAGAGGCUGGUCCACACUACUGAAAAAAUAUAUUGUAAAUGACCCUAGAAAGGAUUUAGUGAAAAUCACUAAAUCAUAUGUCAAUUAAACUGUUUAAUAUCAGAAUAUCAACUGACAAAAAUGAUAGUAGGUACUUGCUAGGUGGUCAGCAGUAAUAGAACUGACUCUAUUGAUAACUAUAUAUCUCAAUGGUUAUAGGAAUGUAAACAAAAAGUAGCGAAAAACACUAUCAGCUUCUGUAAUUAGAAGAAUGAAGAUAGCCGUUAGAGCAAAAGUAUAACGCUGAAGGUAAGAAUUCCUAUAAUUUACCAUGGAUAUAACAGGGUGGGGUGAGGGGAGAAAGGGAAAGGGAUUAGCAAAGUGACUGUCCCUUAAGGCACAGUAGGGACAGUCAAUUUGCUAAUCCCUUUCCCUUUCUCCCCUCACCCCACCCUGUUAUAGCCUUGGUAAAUUAUAGGAAUUCUUACCUUCAGCGUUAUAAGCACACAGCACCCACACACACAGCACCCACACAGCACACACACACACACACACACACACAGCACACACACAUACAGCACACACACACACAGCACCCACACACACACACAGCACCCACACAUACACACAGCACCCACGCACAUACAGCACCCACGCACAUACAGCACCCACGCACAUACAGCACAGACAUACAGCACCCUCAAGACAUACAGCACCCCGCACAUACAGCACCUCGCACACAGCACCCUGACACACAGCACCUCAAGACAUAGCACCCUCGCAUUACAGCACCCUCGCACACACAGCACCCUCGCACAUACAGCACCCUCGCCACAUACAGCACCCUCGCGCACAUAGCACCCUCGCACAUACAGCACCCUCGCACAUACAGCACCCUCGCACAUACAGCACCCUCAAACACACAGCACCCUCAAACACACAGCACCCUCUCACACACAGCACAGAAACAGCACCCUCACAAACACACACACACACAUCACACUAACAGCACCCUCACACACAGCACCCUUACACACACAACACCCUCAAACUACCCUUAUGCAGCACACACACACACACACCAGUGUAUGUAUGUGUGUGUAUAUAUAUAUAUACACACACACAUACACGCGGCGUGUGUUUGUGCUUUAGAGUGCACACCCUAAUGCAAUAGGCUGCGCACGCCUAUGCUCCCUAAGGUUGGAGUAUGACUUUGGACAGGGAUCAGUUUGUGAUGCAGCAAACAGCGGAUCCACCUGACAAAUGAUCGGAGAUGCUCUGACUCAGUCAUUUAACCAUCACUAUUUGGCCCUUGUCAAAGUCACUCAGAUCUUUUCGUUUACCCUUUUUUCUGGUUUUCAACACAUGAAAUGCAAGAAACCCAAGAACUGUUUACUUGAUGCCUUCUAUAUCCCACCCCUUGACACUUGCCAUUGUAACAAUAUAAUUAAUGUUAUUUACGUCACUUGUCAGUGAUUUUAAUGUUGUGGCAGAUCAGUGUGUGUAUAUGUCUGCUAUGAAACAAAUGUGAAAUGGGUUGGAUGCAGUAUGAUGGGUGACAUGAGAGCUUUGAGGUCAUGUAUACAGUGGAUUCUGCUUGCUGUGACAUUGAUAGUGUUUGCAAUGAGGGGGUCACUUUAAGCACCAUAACAACGCUGAAUUUUUACAAGGGUUAUCGUGUCUCAGAGAGUACCCUGACCCAGUCUCCUGGCUGACAGUGGAUUAUAGCUGCAGCAAUUUGUACAGCCUGUUCCCAUUCCAGUGGAUCAAUAUUUACAUCUUUGUAUGUGUCUGAUCCAUCUGAUGGGUUGCAUGCUGUAUGAGAUAAGUGGGAUGGUAACCACAGAUGGUUCAUUGUAAAACCUUGUCAUAUUUGAUAAUGCCCAUAACAGUACUGCAACUGGGUAAUAAACUACAUAUCCCAUAAUACUAAAAUGCAUUUACGGGAUAAGAAGAAAGCUCCCACAGACCACAAAGAGAGGCUCAUGAUAUAAUCUGUUACUAGUCUGGGUGAAGUAUGUCUACUACUGAAUCUUGCCUGUGUAAAUCCACUUAAUGAACAUUUCAAGGUAAGUUAAUUUUAUUUAUUUUUUUGCAUAUUUUUUUAAUGCACUAACUAUAUAAUACAUUAACAAAAUUGAGGAAUGGAAAAUUCAUGCCAAUUGUGUCUCUUUAAUGUAAGUAGUAAUACAAUGAGUGAGGAGGUAUCAUAUUAUUCUAUGGAAUUUUAUCAUAAAAAAAAAAAAAAAAAUUAGGUCACUGUGGUUUCUAUGCUAUUUAUGGGUACAUCAUCACAUAAAAAAUCCAUUAUUCCAACAUGGGCAACCAAGAGGGCCGCACUAGUGACAUACUUGUGUCAAUGGUGAUAUCCAAAGUAGAUGUCCCUGCAUGGAAAAGGGGCUGGCAUUCUUAAAGCAUUCAGGAUGCCAUAGAACCAAACUGGGACAGCGAGACAGGACCCUGAAACCGUCCUGCCAGAUGCAGGACUUUUGGGAGGUAUGUAAAUAAGCCUCAGGGACAACAUGUAGUAUAGGAUUGAGAGAUUAACUAGUUGUACUUCUUGUAGGCACAUAGUUAAAACAUAUUUGUCAGGUAAUGCUUGAGGACUGAUUAGAGAAUUUAUUAAAGGGACACUAUAGUCACCAAAACAACUUUAGCUUAAUGAGCAGUUUUUGUGUAAGGAUCAUGCGUCUGCAGCGUCACUGCUCAAUUCACUGCCAUUUGCGUCUGUUUAUGCAGCCCUAGUCACACCUUCUCUAGCUGUGACUGACACAGUCUGCGUGAAAACAAAAUGAUUUCAUCAAUCAGAUGUAAAUAACUUUGAAAGUUUUUAUCUACAGCUCUGUAAAUUUAACUUUACUUAGAUACAGGAGGCUCAUGUAUGGUCUAGCAAGCUAUUAACAGAGCAUGAGAUAAGAAAUUAUAAAUUAAACAGAAUUUGCAAAAAUAAAGGAAGUGUAAACAUUAGAUGACUCUUUACAGGAAGUGUUUAGGAAAGCGGUGUAAGUCACAUGCACAGAGGUGUGGCUAAAGCUGCAUAAACAGUGAUUUUACUCCUAAAUGGCAGAGAAUUGAGCAGUUAGACUGCAGGGACAUGAUCUAUACACCAAAGCUGCUUCAUUAAGCUAAAGUUGUUUUGGUGACUAUAGUGUCUCUUUAAAUACAUAUUUUUUCUUCUUCAACAAGUCUAUAAAUGAACUCUACAAAAUAACCAAGGACUUGUAAGGGAGGACUCAUGGGGCUAUUGACUGACAUGUCAAUUGUCAGGAAUUAAAUGUAAAUUUUAAAUUUAGGUCAAAAUAGCCAAAAUGGAAAAUAUUCUUCAAUGCAGCUAUAUUUUCAGUUAGAUUAUUUUGUUCUAAAAUUACAAAUUCACAAUAAAUUCUCACCAGUUCUGUAGCUCUUUACUAUAUGCCAAUGAUCCACCAGAUUUUUUUUUAAAUGUUACAUUUAGCAAAUAGAAUGUCAAUAGUUUGAGCUUUAAUGAAUCAGACCGUGUCUCCUCAGCUCUGUCCCUGGACUGCAUUGAAUGCAACAGCACAACUUCAAAUAACUGCAUGGGAUCCAAGAAAACCUGCCAACCAGACCAGGACCAAUGCAUCGCCACCUACACAGAGAGCAACAUACGUGAGUCUAUUCUCUAUUCUAUUCUACUAUGUACACGUUACUUUAUUAAUUAAGGGCAAGAGUUUGAACCUUGUAAGCGACUGAUUGGUCUUAAAUACCUUCCAAUCUUUGCUGGGUCCAAAGGGCUUCCACACUUUCAGCCAUUAACUGGUAUUGCCUUAUAUGGGAAGAUACCGUGCCUGCAGCUCUAGCCACUAAUCUAUCUCACCGGCCUAUCCCUAAAAAAAUCUCCUCCCCUACCUCUAUGUACUAUUAGGAUGGGAAUGGUCACUUAAACGGUUAUGGUGCCAGUAUUCUGUCCCUGCAGCCUUUCAUUUCAAAGUUUAUUACUUUUUUCAAUGAGCUUUCAUUUGGAGCAUGUAGCCCCACCCCCUGGCUGUCGAUCAGACAGCCAUGCAGUUUUUCUUCCUCGUUAGGAAGAUCAGUUUUGUCCAACUUGACAUGCACAAUUUGGACUGAACACGUGGUGUACGGCUCUGCUAAUUAGCACAGCUUGCCCUAUGUUAUGGGAGCUAUUUGAUGAUUUGAGCAGCCCUUGUAGAGUACCUAUAAACCUGUGUUGGGCAAGAGUUUAUGAAAUACAAGUAUUUUGCUGGAUAAAAGAAUUAAUAAUUCUGUCACAAUAAAUCAGCCUUUAAAAAUCUUUAAUGAAAAUGGAAUGUGCCACUCAGGCUACUAAGAACUACAAAUGCAAAAUAGACAAGACAUUUCUUACUAGCAUAAGGGAUAUAUGAACUAGUCGGUGAUAGUUUAGGGGUUAUGAAUGUGAUCCUUUAAGGGAUUAAGGAAGGGAUUUGCCUGUAGCUGAAGACAGACCCACUACAAUGCAUCUAAGGAAUGUGUAUUGUAUGUAUGUUUUAUUUAUUUAUUUUGACUGGAUUAUCUAUAUAAACCAUUCUACGUGCAAAUAGGGACUAAUUUUCUUCCUACGGUUUCCCUUUAACCGAGGUUAAUCCUACCCUUCAUCUCGAUGAGAAAAAGUUCUAUAAAUACCAUUAAAAAACUCUUAAAACUGAACUUCUAGAGAAGUGACAGUUCUUUGUUAACUCUCCACGGUGAGUGUUUUAUUCAUUACCUGGAUAAAGAAUGUUGAAGAAUUAAUAAAAACAAGCCUACUUCACGUCAGCUGUACUUCCACUAUGUGUGUGAGGUUGUUAUCCCAUAAUGCCUUAGGUGCACUCAGAACGCUUAGGCAUCUAUGGAGAAAUUCUGUGUGACCACAUAUCAGCUUGUCAUAGUCUUCAGCAGCCACAUGCGUGAGCAUAUGUCGUUUUGGGUGUAGAUUAUUAAAAUAGUACAACAACUAGUGAGAUCUUUUCAAUUACUAACUUUUAGUUGGCUAUUUGCUUAUGUAAAAAUGACACCAUUGCCAGUGAAUCAUUAAGGCCUAUAAGGGACACUCCACUGCCCAAGUUAAAAAAAAACAAAAAACAAUAUAUAUAUACAAAAAUAAACAAAUCACUGUUUAGUAGAUAUACCCCUAUUGAAAACAUGCAUGCAUUUAUUUAUGCAUUUUUUUUCAUUGUGUGCAUAGCUGAAAGCAGUUUGCAGAAGCUGCAGAUCUCUUGUCUGCAGCCUUUGCAAGCCAGGACUGGUUGUCUGACAGCUCGCGGUGUAGCAAGGUUAAGUUAUAAAAGUGCCAAUUUAUUUUGAAACCUGCAUUUUUUUUGUAAAAUAAAUGGACACAUGCUUCACAUAUAAAGCAAUUCAGCAAGCUAAAAUGCUUUAGGGGUCUGGAGUGUUCCUUUAAACUAUUUUCAAGAUUUUAAGAUUUAAAUGUGGGAUUAUAUGGUGUUUUAGUUUCAUAAGAAAACGUAGUCCAACUGACGACACUCGAGAACCUCUCAAUAAUAAAAAGAGUUUAAGUUGUUUCCAAUACGACAGAUAUUCUUGGUUUCUAUCUAUAACAAGUCUUUUUGACAUAGGUGGAUAAAUAGUGUUAGGCGUCUUGCCCAAGGACCCUUACUGGCGAGGAAGUCUAAUCAAGAUUAAAACAUUAAUAUUUGUCUGGACAUGGACUUCUAAUUCUUUUUUUUCCUUCACAGAAAAUGAAAAAUUUAAGUUAUUUUCCAAGGAGUGUGGUUUCCUCAAAGACUGUGAUAAGACGUCCCGUAUGACUUUCAAUCAGACCUUUUAUUUUAAGUCCAGCAAGUGCUGCAAUACAAAUGAAUGCAAACAAGACCCCAUAACUUGUGAGUAUUGUUCCAUGAAAACCGUACAUCGCUAUAUUGCACAUACAGUAUAUUUCUUCCCAUGUUAAAGUGAUUCUAUAGUGCCAGGAAAAAAAAGCCGUUUUCCUGGCACUAUAGGUUUCUAAGGUGCCCCCUCCCUCACACAUCCCCGCCUCCCGCAGAGCUAAAAGAAUUAAAACUCCUUUAGUCACUUACCUAAAUCCAUGUCCCUCGGCGCUGGGUCAGGCUCCGCCCAAUGGCAGCGCUCGCAUUAAGAUUUCCCCAUAGGAAAGCAUCAAUCAAUGCUUUCCUAUGAGGAAAAAUCUGACGCUGGAGGUCCUCAUGCAGAGCGUGAGAAUGUCCAGCGUCAGAUACUGGACCAAAGAUCUGUAUGGAUACAGGAAGCGCCCCUAGUGGCUGUCUGAUGGACAGCCAUUGUGGGCAGGCUUAGAGCUGCAAUGUAAACAUGGCUGUUUAUCUGCACUAAGUACAAAAGUACAAAGUACAAAAAGGACACUGCACCCAGACUACUUCAAUGAGCUGAAGUGGUCUGGGUGCCUAUAGUGUCCCUUUAAUACAAUUUGGCAAACUUGAGAACUUUGUAAGCUAUGUAGCUGGAGUCCCCAGCUCCCUCCCUACUUCUUUUUGACUAGAAACCUUUACAGGUGUAUUCACUAAUGUCCGAAAUUCACUUUGAAUUAGUGAAUAACCUGGAAAUGUUAAAAAAGGUUAUUUUUCUAAUAUAUUUUCUAUAUUCUUUUAUUUUUAUUUACAAGCUUUGCUGUAUGUAAAUGAGUAAACACAUUAAUGGCACUCCUGGGGAUAAUGCAGAGUUCACUUGCCACGCAUGCAGCAAUUCUCCAUUAGUUGCCCAAGACAUAAUGGUCUGAUGAAGUUGCUGAAUGCAACUAUGGAGGUAAGGUUUGAACUUACCUCCACUGCGAUAUUCAGCCCUUCCUCCCCGACCCCCAAAACCUCUGCAACAGUGUUAGCAAGGAACCAGCCACUCUUGCUUUUCUGGAAGUGAAUUCCUCUUUAAGACGAACAAAGCAUGAUGGUGGUAAAACUACAAAAGCUGGGGGUCUUCCUUUUGGACAACCCGUGACCAGACAGACCAGCUGAAUCUCUGUGCCUCCAGCGGCGAUGUUCCUGUGUAUAGUUUAGGACACUUGCCCUGCUAUGUUCCUAAUUUUUAAGAAUCUUGCUGUUUUAAUUCUCUUACUAGUUCCAGACAAGAGAGAAAAACUAUCACUGACCUGUUCCUACUGUAAUGAAAAAGCUGACAAAUGCAAGAGCAGUGAGCAGCUGCAGUGUAUGGGAGACGAGACCAAAUGUCUAACCUACGUCUACACCAAGAUGGAAAGUGAGUGUUGCAACAUGGGAUAAUUUUUUUUAAUUAAAAAAAUAUAUAUAUUAUUACAACAACAUCAAGACCCCAGAAAGGUACCUGAAACCCGGAGAAAGCUAAAUGCACAUUUCCUGAUUAACUACUUAAAUGUUAUUAUGAGUAUCUUUAAAAGAGGUGGAUAGCAAAGGUCCUCUUCGAGUAAUUAUCAAAGAGACGCUUUAGGCACUGUAACCGCUUCAUCUCAUUGAAAUGUUUGUAGAGUUUGGAGUCCCUUGGUUCAUUCUAACGUUAAAAGAGGGGCAUCACAACCCACUGUGAGGAAUCAUUAGCCUGAUCAGCAAUGGGUGGCAACGAUUGGCUGAGUGUCAGCUGGCCGUUUUUAGUGACUCACAGUUGCCCAUUGCUGGUGUAAAUUGGUAUGGCCAACUAAGAGUCUAAUCUGUGCCAUUGUCAAACUCCCGACAAGUUUAAUUUAGUAAAUAACCUUAUCAACGAUGCUUUAGUCUAUGCCCCGUGAUGGAGCACCUGUACCUUGCCAUGAUUAUUUUUUUUAAUCUAUUCAGCAGUUUACUCUAAUAAACAAAAAAUAUAAAUAAUUUCCAGCUAAUUGGGCACAUGCUGGACACAAAGUAUCAUAAGAGAAUGAGUCCAUAUUUCCUACACAGUGUCAAGCUUGAGGCUUCUCUGCAGUUCACAGUCUCUGAUUGGCUGAUGACAUUACACGAUCUCCGCAGCCUUGCUUUUUUUUUCUUUUCUUUUUUUAUCAGUCACUGUCAUCGACAGUUUGACAAAUGUGAUGUUAUUCCAAAAUGGCCACCUCCGCACUUAACACAGACAGGUAUUAAAGUGCUAAUUUUGGCUAAACUGGCUAAAUCUUGGUUAGAUGAAAAUAAUAUGAAUCUAUUAGCAUUCUUGUUUAAAACUAAUUUGGGAAAAUAUGUGUUAAGAUGACAUUGUCCCUUUAAAAUGUAAUUUAUAAUUUAUUGUGACAAAAACACCAGCAGAUUUAAAACCUAUAUUUUGACACAAAUGUUUGCUUCUUACUACUUUCUCUCACAUCAAUUUCAGAUAACAAGAAUGUCACCCACUCAAUGGCUGGUUGUGCAAAUGAGAAUAUGUGUGCUUUAAAGAAGGCAGUCUCUCACCACGGAGAUCAAGGAGCUAUAACCAUAAAGUUUGAAUGCAACCGUGCCUCCUCGAUUCUUUCCAAUCUUCUCCUCCCAGCAGUGUCUGGCCUCCUGUUCCUCAAACUCUUGUCUUAAGAGCUUACCAUGGAGGCUGUGUGGAUUGAAGCAAUCCUUCCAAGGCUUGGGGAUGGGGGAAUUUUGGAGAGCAUUGCAAAGCAAGGUGUACCCAUAUACAGUAUACGAGCAAGGCAAUGCAUGUUUAUACACUGAAUAUUUGCAGACCCACUUAGAUCUAUAUAACUGUGCAAACCCAUUUACAUUCUCGUUAUGUAUGUGCCGAACAAUGUAUACCUAUCUACACAAGACAAGCAGAAAAAAAAAUAUGUAUAUCUCAUAUACAACACAGGAAAAUCAUAUAAAAUAUACAGAAUAUGUUCCACGCAAUGCAUGGCUAAUAGUGGUACAAUGUUAACGUUAUGCUUACAACAUGUCAAGAACUGUCAAGGCUUUCAUCAAAAAAGCAGCAUUGCUUUUAAGCUCUGGCAGGAAAAGGUCAAAGGUUAUACAAAAACAACCUUACCUAGAAUUAUCCUGAUCAGCAACUUGUACGUCAGACAUUUGCCCCUUUUCUCUUAACGAUAUAAAGACCCACCGAGUGCGGACAUUAACCGGGUCUAAAAAAAAAAUCUGCAGCAUUAGCGCCAAAGUCUGUAUUUACUUCAUUCUCUAUCAUCGAAUCAGGCAUGGAUGAGAUUUAUUAAAAUGAGAUGAAAUCUACGUUAUGUUGGAUUUGGCAGAAGGCUUUACCUUAGUGCUUAGUUCAAUUUUGGAAAAUGAUCCUAUACUCUAUAUACAUGUAAUCUUUCCAUUGUUCCUAUGAACGUGCGUGUGAGUGAGUGUGUGCGCGGUGGGUGUGGUUUCACCCGCUGUUGGGAAGCAAAACUUUAAAUUAAUAAAUUAAAGAAAAAUUUUUAAAGAAAAAAAAA